AUGGCCGUCUCUGCCUCCCCCACACCUUCGUCUUCUCCUUCUUCCUCUCCUACUUCUACCUCUCCCUCCCGCCCUCAAGUCUUCUCCUCUCCCAGCUCCUACUUUAAUUCUCUGGUUCGUCGACGCGAACAAAAGAAAAUGAGCAUCACUCAGACAUACUACCUCGCCCACACCGCCCGCAAGAAGCUCACUCGGGAAGCUUCGCGGGCGGACCACGAUCUGCGUCUCCUCGUCGGACACGCCAACCUCCUAGACUCUCUCAUGCUGGACCUCGCCGCCGCCGAACAAGAACAAGAACGCUGGUUCAACCAGACCGUCAGCGGUGCCACCAAGACCACUCCCGACGCCGAGCCUCGCCGCAUCCAAUGGGCCGAGACCGUCGUCGAGGAGCCCGAAGAAGACUGGGACGGCGACGACCUGUCGGACGUCGACUCGGAUGUCAGCGACGAUGACUCCGACCUGAGCGAAGAUGAAUACGAACCCACCCUCUACGCUCCCGUCGUCCGCCGACGAGCUCCCUCCCCCGUCGCGGUCAUCCGCGAGAAAGAAGUGGAGGAAGACUACGAGACCGACUCCGACUCGGAGUUUGAAUAUGACGACGCGGAGGAUCUGGAGGAAUUGACCCUCACUCGAUCACCCUCCCGACAGUCACCGCCUGAAUUGGCCCUGGACUCCGACGAGGAGUCGGAAGAUGACUCCAUGCCGCCGUCCCCGCCUCAACCUACCCUGGACUCCUUCAGCGAGAAGGAAGCCCAAAGCACCGAGAUCCCGCUGUCCGAUGCCGAAUUGGACCGGGGGUAUUACAUCUCCAAUCAACCGCAGAACCCAUUGAUUGAAGCCUAUUGA